AUGCACUCUUCCCUCGCCUUUGGUACAGGCCUUUUCGCCAUCACGGUCUCCGCUCAUUUCCAGAACAGCACCAACACCACCGUGCCUACGGCUACGACGUUAAACGGGACGUACUACGGCGUUCACCAUUCAAACUGGCAUCAGGACUUCUUUGAGGGCAUCCCCUACGCGCAGCCACCCACCGAAAGCUUGCGUUUCCGCGAGACUCAGUCACUGAACACGUCUUGGACUGGACAGAGAAAUGCGACCGUUCUCGGAUCCAUGUGCUACGGCUACGGCGCCACACAGAUGGUCCUGGGCCAGUUCAUCUCCGAAGACUGCCUGACUCUCAACGUCUAUCGCGCCUCCAAUGUCUCCUCAUCUAAGGGCUUGCUGCCGGUCGCAGUCUAUAUCCACGGCGGUCUCUUCGAGCAUGGCACCGGGAGAGAUCCACGGUACAACAUGACCUCUCUCCUCCAGGUCGGUGUGCAGAACGGGCAGGAGUUCAUCGGGGUCACGCUCAACUACCGUCUUAGCUACUGGGGCUUCCUGUAUGGAAACGAAGUUGCUAACGAGGGCGUUGCGAAUCUGGGUUUGAAGGAUCAACGCCUUGCUCUCCGGUUCCUGAAGGAGAACAUUGAAGCCUUUGGCGGCGAUCCCGAGAGGAUCACCAUUUGGGGUCAGGAGGCCGGUGCUUUCAGCGCUGGGCUUCAGCUCCUCGCGUACGGUGGCCGGGAUGACGGCCUCUUCCAGGGUGCUAUCCUGCAGAGUGGCAGUCCGACUCUGAUGUGGCCGUCCGUUACCGCCGACGAGUGGCAGCCUCUUUAUGACCAACUCGUCAACGCGACCAACUGCUCCGCCUCGACGAACACCCUCGACUGCCUGCGCAGUGUUGAUGCCGACGUUCUCUCGAGCGUUUUCGACAGCGACAUAACUACGGACGACCGCCCGAACCCCGUUGUCGAUGGCGACUUCAUUCAAGACCUCGGGUCCAAGGAGAUGCAGGCUGGACACUUUGUGCGAGUGCCGUUGAUCCUCGGAACGACUCGCGAUGAAGGCACUUGGCAACACUACGUUGUUAAGAACAUCAACACGACAGAUGAGUUUCUGCACAUGGUCAGGGAUGACGGGUUGAGUGAGGACGCUGCCAACGAGAUUGCUCAGCUGUAUCCUGAUGAACCGGAUCAAGGUAUCCCAGCUACGCUGGAAGGAAGGCCGGGGAACGAAACUGGGCUUGGAUACCAGUGGAAGCGUACGAGUGCGUAUACUGGAGACAUGAUUAUACAGGCUGGACGACGGCUGGCAAGUCAAGUGUGGGCCGGGAAUGAUGUCGACGUCUACUCUUACGUCUAUGACGUCUUAUUCCAUGCACACUGGUGGCAGACCGGUUCUCAGGAACAAGACGACAUCGCCUUCCUUUUCCACAACUUGACGCUAUCCGAAGCUCUCAGCCCCAGCGACCAAGCUGAUCAGAAGGACACUUUUGAGCCGUUGAGUUACCUGAUGUGCAGCAUGUGGAUAAGCUUUUUCCACACUUUGGACCCGAAUAACCAUCCGGUGAACGGCACCAAUGUUUGGCCCAAGUAUAAUGCCAACGGCCCCGAAAACUUUGUCUUCGACGUCAACGCUACCGAGUUGAGUCGCUCUGAGACGGAUGAUUUCCGCAGUGAAGCCAUGUCAUAUUGGAUUGAUCUAUUCAGCACGAACGAAUAUCCAAAGUAA